GCGCACUGGUCAUAUCUGGCUGUGUCACAUGUCCAAACAAGCGUGCUGCUGUUUUGCGAAGUUCUGUAGUGUAGACAUUUUUCCUUGACAACGAUAUUUUGUAGAAUAUCAUUUAGUUUUGUGGCUAUUUUAAAAACCACUACUCAAUCAUAUUUUGGGUUAAUGGCGUCCUCUUUCCUGAUAUUAUUAAUUAACAUAAUUUUGUGUGCCUCAGCUCUUUUCUCCUCGUAUAAACUGUUCAAGCGCCACAGGGCUCCCUCAGUUGGCUUCUUGCUGGUUGGACUUUCUGCAGGACUUCGUGCGUUGCCUUACUCAAGCCCACAGCUCACCUUUGUGCAGAAAGAUGCCGAAUUAGCCAGUGAGAUUCUGGCUCCAGCACUGCUCGCCUUCCACUUCUUGUGGCUCAGUGAAGAUCGCAUCACAGCAUGUAUUAUCCUGUGUGGCUCUUGCCUACUGCCUGGAUUUUGGGACAGUCUCUCAGCAGAUACCCUGGCAGUCCUGAAUCGCUGCAUGGGCCUAGCAUCCUUGUCCUGUUGUCUCUUGGUAUGCCUGUUUGCGGGAAAUCCAAUAGGGGCCCUGACCAGUGUAACGAUCAGCCUGCCGAUACUUUUAGCACCUACUUUUGGAUCACAGACUUUUGCCUCACUCAUCCCUCUGGUUGCCAGUGAGGAAACCAUCAAAUGGCUUUUGAAAGGCUUCAUGAUUGUAGGCUGUUGGACUUCAACAAAUUCCCUGGACAAGUUUCUAUUAGACGUGACUGACCGAUAUCACUUGAACAUGUAGGACUUUGUUGAUGCACACCUUUUUUAAAAAUUUUAUUUUAUUAUUAUUUUUUUAACAUUAUUCAUUUUGCAUUAGCCAUGCUCCCAAAUGUAUUCUGGUGUGGCUAGUUAAAGGCUUUUAAAAGGGAAUAAAAGGUAUGAUUGUAUACACAGCAAUAGAGAGGAAUUUAGGUCAAACCUAAUCUUGUGUAGGUUUGUAGUCAACAUUCUAUUUGUUCCUUUUUUUAUUCACUAGUAAAUAUUGGAAAUUGAUAGCACUUUGUUGUUGGGUUAGCACAUCUGCCCCUUCUGUAUGUAUUAAUUUUUUAGAUGGUUUUAUUUCUGUUUUCUGUAGUUUUAUCCUUUUGAGCGUUUCGAUGAACUGGAUUAUCCCAAACCACACCAUGGACUGAUCACUAGUCAGUUACAUUGCACAUGCCGAGACCAACAACCAUUCAUACUGUCAAUAAAGGGAUAUAUAAAAAAAAAAAAAAAAAAAAAAACACCUAUAUUAUGGGCAUCCUAGCGAAACAAUCUCGUUAAUGUAUUGGGGAAAAAAAAAAAAAAAACUCAGAAUGGUUAUGACAGAUAACAGUGGAGAAAAAUGUAAAUAACCAGUAUUUCCAGGAAGUAGUGACCUGCCAUGGGGACAGAUAUUUUAUCAACGCUAGUAUUAUUGCAGCCAAUAGAAUGCAAGUAUCUCAGAUUGCCCACCCUUCCUCAUGACAUCAUUAUCACAUGCACCUGUGCUGUGUCUCUACGUGUGUAUGCGCAUUGGUAUAACUGACUUCACCAGUGUCAGUCAAUACAGCAAUGGCUGUAGCAAUGUUUAGACUUUUUGUUUUCUAUAUCAAAGGUCUAAAAAAAUGUGGUUUUUGCAUGUUUAUAUAUUUUGAGCAACUGUCUUUCACGUGAAGGUUAUUUAUACUAGGUGUUUUUUGUCCCUUGAAGAACUGAACCAAUGCAGACUUCAGUUGAGUGAGCUGCUACAGUAUGAACGACAUUAACUCUCAUACAUUUGAAAAAAUAAAUAACAUGAGUAACGACAAUGUGGUGGAUACCUCUACCACCACAAUUGAGUGUUGCUUAAAUAUUUAAUACAUUAUUAAUUUUAUAUUUUGAGUUAUUUGGACAUGUAUUUUCUAACCGGUGCAGUGUGCACACUUUAGUUAAUUUAAAUGACCACGCUGUGCAAAACCUGGCAUCUACCAUCUGGAGGGGGGAUAUUUAAAUUUAAGUGUGAUUGUUUGGGGUUAUUUUUCCACUUUUUAUUUAAAGUUGAUUUAUUAUUUGGUGUUAAUGUAUGUAAUUUUUCCAUGUUGUUAUCUAAUUAUGUUGACAAUAUUUGGUUAAUUUGUUAUUAUACCUCCCUCAAGUGGUCGUUUAGUAGAGUCCGUCCUUAUUUAGAUGGCCACAGAUACAGUAUGUGUCUGGGGGUCAGUUUGAUUGAAGCCUAUUGUUAAGUUGACUUCUUUUAUGUUGGCCCAAGAAAUUUGGUUAAACUGUUUUUUUUGUGUGACAUUAUUGAAUUGAAUUUCCUCCUAAAUUGAACCCCAGUGUUCUUGUGUAUGUUUGGUCCACUACAGACAACACCUAAGUGAGGUCUGCUGAGAUAUUCUUAUGGCUCCCUUUUUUUUUUUUUUUUAAAUUUUAAUUUAAUUUUUAUUUUUUUUACGGCAAAAAUUUUUGACCGCAGGUAUAUGAACUCUUGGUCAUUUGACUGUGGAGUUUGUUUUGAAAUGUCAUCUGAUAAACUUAGAGGAUGCUCUGGGUUUGACCAUACUGUAUACAUUCAUUAUCAGCAUAUUUUUCAGUGUACAAAUUUUUUUAUCAUUUCAUACCAUGUUGAUAAUAUUUAUCAUCUGCUAACACUGUUUUUUAUUUGAUGUUUUUUUCCUUCUCAGGCACAGUCAGUACUCUUUUGACAUCAUUUGAGUUGUGUUAUUGAAUUGUUCCAUAUAUUUACAACUAUUAAAAUAUGCUGCGUUGUUUUGCAGUAUUUAAGCAUUGGUAUGAGUACGUACUGUAUAUCACUUUAGCAUCGAGAAGUUGAAAUAUGCUUGUCAAUCCUUCACUGCAGCUGACCGAAGCUCUUUACUGAGCAUGCUCGCUGCAGCUGCAGCCUGUAAAUGGGCCAAGAGUGCAGAGGAGGAGGAGAAAGAGGAGGGGAAAAGAGUCAGAUGGGCUGCACAGCUUUGGGAUGCUGUUGCUGCCAUGAAAGAAGGAGCUGCUUGCAGAAGACUUGUCAUGGAUAGGAGUGUGAAAAGGGAAUACAAAUGACUGGAUACGAUAUAUACUAAGGAACUGUUGCACAGCGUAGAGAUGUACGCCUUCUACUCUCUUUUGGUCUACAUCUUCUACACUGUCUUCAAGAAGGAGGAGGAAGAAGCCUUGGAGGCAUCAUGUGGAGCGGCUACAGACGAGCCAAGACCUGUUUCCAUGGAAACAGGGAGAAAGGUAGAUGGCCACACCCCCAAAAUAAGAAAGAAGGCCUGUGCUAGCCUCAGUGAUUCAAGUAGUAGCAGUGAUAGUGAUGACAUGUCACUGAGUGAUGACGAUGAACAAUAUGAAGUCCCAGCAUGCACUCCUCUGGCAGCAUUUUUAUCCUUUAAGCAGGAGUCUGACAAGAAGAGGACCUCACAAGGCCAGAUGGAGACAACAGGAAAGUUGGGAGAGUCCCCUUUGAUGGCCGUCAUGUCCCACCUGCUGAGCUUCCUGGAGCAGUACUCCCAUUUCCAGCAACUGCAGCAGCAGGCCGAGCAGUACCGUGUCCAGCUCAAGAGGCACCGGGUACAGCACCGCCGACAGAUGAAAGCGCUGCGAGCCACCUAUCGUCAACGUCUCAAGGACAAGAAGAGCAUCAUUUGUAACCUGGAGGAAGCCGUCAGCCAGCAGCUGAGCCCGCAGAGUGACGGCGAAAGUGGCAGUGACGCAGGUGCUCAAGCGGGAGUUCACAGCCUGGUGGAGUCUCUGUACGGCCUCCAGGGGGAACGCAGCAAAUUGAGAGGAGAACUGCGUCUGCUGCGCUCGCAGCUGGAACAGAAGGACCGAGACCGACACACUCGCAUAGUGGCCUUUCAGCAGCAGAUCGAUGAGCUUAAAAGUGGAAUUGAAGAACGUGAAGAGGAGCUGUGCAGACUCAAAACUGCAACUGGUGCCACAGACUCAGAAAAACGUGUCUUGUGUCUUUCGGCGGAGAAUGAAACUCUAAAGCAAAGCCUGACUGUCACCCAAGGCCUCCUGCAGCAGCUAACCACCAUUCCCUCACAGUCCAGCACCAUGCUCAUCAAGGAAAACGAGAAUCUGAGGAGUCGCGUGCAGCAGCUGGAGGCUUCCCUGCAGCAGCGCGCUGAGCAGCUGUCGCAGCUGGAGCAGCAGAGCGAACGGAGUGAGUGGAGGAGAGGAGAGGAGUUGAGAAGACGAGAGGAUAGAGUGAGGGAGCUUCAGCUGGAGCUGGACAGAGAGAGGGGCAGAGAGCCCGUGGUAAAGUAUGUCACCAAAACCGUUGAGGUGGAGUCCCCGGCCACCAUGAAGCAGCUGACCAAAGCCAGACAAAGGAACGAGUUGCUGUCUGAGAAGUUAUCUAACCAAAAUGAGCGCUGCAAGCAGCUGGAAGAGCAAAUCCGGAAGUCAGAUGAGUACAGCUGCAAUCUGCAGCACAAGAUUGCAGCUUAUGAGCGGGAGAUAGGACAGCUGAGAGAGGAGCUCCUAAAGGAGAUCGGCCACUUGGAAGAGAGGAAGGAGGAGGCAGUGAAGGCUGCUGCGAACUGCUCGACAGAACAUUUUGAGGAUCUGCAGCACCAGUUCUUCAGUUUACAGAAGCGUCUGACGGCCCUUCCCCCAACUCUGCGCUCUAUGAAAACAGACUACGCCAGCCUGAGGAGCCAAGUUCGGAACUUUUCUGAGUUUUACGGAGCGGCAAUAAAGGAGGCAAAAAAACAGGUUUCAGCAGCAAUCUUUGAAAUGUCAGAGGCUAACAAAGACCUUCUGGAAAAAUACAGAAAGGAGGUUGCACUGCGCAGGAAGUUGCAUGAGCAGCUGGUGGAAUUAAAAGGUAACAUCCGGGUGCUGUGCCGUGUGAAGCCUGUUCUGAAAGAGGACCAACGCGAAGAGGGCACAUCCGUGGUGGUCAGCACGGACCCCGAUAACGAGUCCUCUCUGAGUGUGUUGAGUAAAGGAAAGGGUCGCACCUUUGAGCUAGACAAGGUCUUCCACCCUCAGGCUACGCAGGAAGAGGUCUUUCAGGAGAUUGAACCUCUUGUGACCUCAUGUAUUGAUGGCUACCACGUGUGCAUAUUUGCAUAUGGGCAGACUGGCUCUGGGAAAACCUAUACUAUGGAGGGCAGUGUGGAGAACCCGGGCAUCAACCAGAGGGCCCUGAAACACCUAUUUAGUGAAAUAGAGGAACGAAAGGACAUGUGGUCUUACACUGUCACUGUCAGCUCCGUGGAGAUCUACAACGAGGUGCUAAGGGAUCUACUGAGCAAGGAUGGAGAGAAACUGGACAUCAAAAUCAAUCCGGAUGGAACAGGACAGUUGCACGUGCCGGGUCUCAGGGUCAUUGAGGUUAAGAGCUUUCAACAUAUCAAGAAGAUUUUAGCUAUGGCCCGCAGGAACAGGAUCACAUUUGGCACUCAGAUGAACCAGCACAGUUCUCGCUCUCAUGCUCUUCUCUGCAUCACAGUUCAGGGCACUGACCUCGCCACCGGCUCCAAAACCACCGGCAAGUUGAACCUGGUUGAUUUGGCGGGAUCGGAGCGGGUAUGGAAGUCAGGUGCAGAGGGCGAGAGGCUGAAGGAGGCUCAGAAUAUAAACCGCUCCUUGUUGGCUCUCGGGGAUGUCAUCCAGGCUUUGAGAGCACGACAAACUCAUAUCCCUUUCAGGAACUCUCGCCUUACGUACUUGUUGCAAGACUCACUGGGUAAAGGCAGCAAAACAGCCAUGGUGGUGCAGGUGUCUUCUCUAGAGAGCAAUGUAGGUGAGACACUCUGCUCACUGAAGUUUGCCCAGCGGGUGUGCAAGGUGGAGCUUGGCCCUGCAUCCAGGAAGAUCGAAUCUGGCGGUGGGCAGUGCGACUGAAUUGAUUUCCCGUUGCCACGCAAAAACAGUCAUUGUUACCUUACAACAGCAACCAACAGAUAUCCUGCUCAAGGGCUAACAAAAUUUGUCAGACAUUGACAGAGACAAGUGAACACCCUUUGCCGCCAUUGAGCGCAUGCAGGUAUAUUUAUUACGUACCUUCACUCUGAGUGCCAAAGCAAUGUCAGCCUCCACCAUGUAUUAUUUUGUGCUUCCUUAAGCCACCAUGGUCUCACUUUCCUUGAGAAUAUUACAAAUUUCAGGAUUUUAUCACCAUUCAUCACCAUUUAAGACUCCCACAUACACAUUAUCUUGUGAAGUUGACUUACAUUUUUCCAAUGUACUUUGUAGUAGAUCAAACGUGUUAUACUGUAUACAUAACAGCACUUACGUAAAUAUAGUACUGUAGUUUAUGAGCUAUCUGAUGGAAGUGACUCGAUGCUUUGCUUCUCUUAAGAGCCUUAUCUUGUUGCCAUUUAAGAAGGGGAAUAGCAGUCAAGUGUGCAGGUGGCCUUGUAUUGUGAAUAGUGCAAUAGGCUUCUCACUGAGGAAGAGCUUUGGGGUCGAAGUGGAAGGAAAAUGCACUUUAAGAGUUUAAGGAUGCUGGCAGUAGGUAUCACAAGUGAAUGUCAUGCAAAAAAUAUUUUCUGUUGUCUCUUCAUUAUUGCUCAAGUGUACCAACCUUUAAAUCUUUUGAUUCACAUGUAGCAAGCUAUCAGUUUAACUCUUUGGUUGCCAUUGACAGCGCUAGAUGUCCAAUGCAUUUUGACAGGCACAGGCUGGCAGCGAUACAUGGAUUGGACGUCUAGGGCUAUAAUUGGUACUAAAAUAUGAUCACUUAAAAGUCUACCUGCUCCAAGUUUAAAUCCAUCCAUCCAUUGUUAUCAAUGGCAGGCAAUGAGUUAAUGAUCUACAGUAUGGUAGUCACUUAAUAAUUAGAGAGUGAUAGUUUUCCUAAUAAAUCUGAUGUAUUUAAAAAGCGUGCGGAUGCUCAAUGAAUCAAUAAAAGACAGCGAUUUAAAAAACAAAAGAUGUACAUUACUUUUAUUUAAAACAUCAUAUGACAACAAAGAUGAAAGGUUAUCAUGGUUGUUUUUGUUUCAACUAUAUAUAUACGGUAGAUUGUAGCAAACGAUACAAAAAAA